AUGAUUGAAGCUGGAGAAUCAGAAGAAGCCAUUGGCGGAGAGAUAGAACAGACAGACGAAUAUGCAGCAAAAUACCAUCAGGCAAAACUCCUGCUAACCUGUUUGACCGAACGGCAAGAAGCUCGCGGGCCACCGGCACCGGCUUUAUCUCAACGGUCGUUCCAUACGAUCGCAACAGCUCAGAAAAAAACACAUAUUCGAGCGUUCGAGACUCUGGGUGUAACGACAGAUAUGUGCGCGGCUAUGUUAUUCCCCUUGGUAGAGUCUUCAUUGCUAGAAGACACUUUGCGAAUAUGGCAACGAACAAUGACACAAUUAGCCCUCCAAACAGAUGCAUUUGUUGCAAAUCUCACUGCCAAAGACCGUCUUACUAAUCUUAUGGUUUUUCUAGGAAGAGAGGUCGAAAGUGAAGAACGCAUUCAAAUGGCUAAAACGUGUUUUGAAAGUAAUGAUGUCCAGAGGUCCAAAAACAAAAAAAAGAAAAAGGCGAAAGGAGAUCAAGAUCAGAAAGUAGCUACAGCGACUGGUCUACUAUCCAUAAAAGAAUCAAGAUCACAACGAUGUCUAUUCUGCGGAGAGAAUCAUAAUAGCUCGAGUUGCGAGAAAGCUAGAAACAUGGACAUAGAUGAAAGAAUGAAGAUCGUAAAAGACAAAAAUGGCUGCUUCAAAUGUCUGAAAAUAGAACACAGUUACAAAAAAUGCCACAGCAAAACAAAAUGUCCUUGGUGUAGCAAGGAACAUUGUCUCUUGAUGUGUCGAAAUCUCUCAAGCAAGAACAAAUCGAAACGAGUCGAUGAAGAAAAGUCCAGCGAACAAGCAUUUAACGAAGGACACAGUUAUCUCGCCAAUGUUUCUUCGAAUAAAUCAUUUUUGCCUAUAUUAAAGGUCAAGAUGCGUGGUCCAAAAGACCUCGUAAACGUCCGCGCUGUUAUAGAUACUGGUUCACACAGGUCUUAUGUCUUAGAAAAAGUAAUAAAGAAUCUUGGAUACGAAACUGUGAGUGAGCAAACGAUGAUACACUUACUAUUUGAAGGAGCCAAGACUAAACCUCAAAAACAUAAAACCUGUCGAAUCUACGUUGGCAACCUGGAUGGAACAUAUACGUGUGAUUUCGUAGCCUUAGAACAAGACAUUAUCUGUCAAGAUAUUCCCAGUGUAAGUAGCAGUCCAUGGAUAGAUAUGCUUAAAGAAAAGAACUUAUUUCUGAGCGACACCGAUGGAAAUAGAGAAUCCGUUUCGUUGCUGAUCGGAGCUGAUGUUGCUGGCAAGAUAAUUACGGGUAGAAUUCUUCAGAUAAGUCAAGGCAUAACUGCUCUAAAAACUAAGCUUGAAAACAUUACAAGAGAAGCUCGUCAAGUUGAAAUUAAAGCAUUGUUCCAAGAAACGACAGAGAUUAACGAUGAAGGCCGUUAUGAAGUCCUUCUUCCCUGGAAGGACAAUCAUCCACCUUUGCAAGACAACAGGAACAUAGCGGAGAGAAGAUUCAACGUCACGAAGAGACUGCAACAGAAAGAUUUGUUUGAUAACUAUAACACAAUCUUUUUCAACUGGCUCGCGGAAAGUAUCAUUGAAAGAGUGCCUGCAUCCGAAAUCACCAAGAAAAGUUAUUACCUUCCACACAGGCCUGUCAUUAAGAGAAAAAGAACCACUAAGAUUCGUCCUGUCUUCGACGCUUCAGCGGAAAGUAGCGAUUCGCCGUCACUUAACCAAUGCUUAGAGACAGGUCCUAAUCUCAUCGAACUCAUUCCUACAUUAUUGCAUCGGUUCUGCGAAAGAAAAGUAGGAGUAACCGCAGAUAUAGCCAAAGCGUUCUUACAAAUUAACAUCUCUUCGUCAGAGAGGGAUGUGUUGAGAUUCCUCGUCGAUUCUUACUCUGACUUUGAGAUUUUUCAGGAAAAGGCAAGUUCUCUUUUGAGUAAAGCAAAAUUCGAAUUGAAGGACUGGAAACAUACGGGCAUGAAGCACGAGAAUCGGUUAACCGUACUCAUACUUAUCUGGAAUACUGAGGAUAAUAAUCUUUUUUUAUCGGAUUUUCCUUCACAGCCGAUUACAGAGAAGAUAACGAAGAAAGUCGUACUAUCACAAGUGCAGAAAGUAUUCGAUCCGCUCAGAAUUAUUUGUCCCGUACUGUUAAAACCGAAAUUGUUGUUACAGCAUCUCUGGAGUCAAGAUAUAGACUGGGAUACGAAAAUCGAUAUAAUAAAUCAUAAAAAUAAAUUUCUCAACUGGACACAGCAACUUGAUCUUCUUCAUGUUCUGAGAUUUCCACAUUCGAUUUUCAGUGAAGAAAGGAAUGCCGAUUCAUUGUCCUUUCAUGUCUUUAUCGAUGCAAGCAAGGAUGCGUACGCUGCUGCUCUCUUCGUCCGAGUGAAAUCGAACAUGGGAGUCAAAGUACACCUUAUUGAGGCCAAAUCGAGAGUAGCACCAAAAGGCAAGAAAACUAUGCCGCGGCUUGAACUGCUUUCUGCCUCUAUUGGAGCAAGAAUGAUGCACUCUUUUAAUAAGGCAAUGGAUUAUCAAGACGUCAAAAGAUAUUUUUGGAGCGAUUCGACUACUGUUCUGACAUGGAUACGACAAAAGGCAAUGGGUGAUAUUUGUAUGGAAUCAUGUCCAAGAAAUAAGAAACCUUACGGAUGUUGA